GGAAGGGGUUUCAGAGGGUCAGAAUGAGCAGUGCCAUCGCCCUGAAACCACGGGGAUAGCCGUGGCUGGUGGCGUCUCUGCCCCCCCCCGCCUUUCUCCAGUAUAACCUGGCGCCAUCUCUGCAAACAAAGGGGAGGGUGUGGGACACGCAGGUGAUGGUGACGAUGACGGAGAAGCAGGAGAGGAGCGUCCAGCAGUGAAACCCCACCCGGGGCGGGCGCUGGAGCUGGCCCCGCCAGCCCGUAUAAGUGCAGGUGCACCCAGGUGAAAGCUGAUCCCCCACCGCGAGCAGCAACCGGAGAGCAGUGCGGUUGCGGUCCGUGGGUUCUCCUCCGCCAUCGUCCGGCGCACGGCAGCGAAACCAAUCCACCAUGUCGAUGGCUUUGGAGAUCAGCGGUGUGGCCUUGUCAGUGCUGGGUUGGUUGUGCAGCAUCAUCUGCUGCGCGCUGCCCAUGUGGAGGGUGACGGCCUUCAUCGGCAACAACAUUGUGACGGCCCAGAUCAUCUGGGAAGGGCUGUGGAUGAACUGCGUGGUGCAGAGCACGGGGCAGAUGCAGUGCAAGGUCUACGACUCCAUGCUCGCCCUGCCACAGGACCUGCAAGCCGCCCGCGCCCUCCUGGUGGUGGCCAUCGUUUUGGCGGUCCUCGGUUUACUGGUGGCCAUCGUGGGCGCCCAGUGCACCCGCUGCGUAGAAGACGAGAGCACCAAAGCCAAGAUCACCAUCGCCUCCGGUGUCAUAUUCAUCCUCUCCGGCAUCAUGACUCUCAUCCCUGCCUCCUGGUCGGCCAACACCAUCAUUCGGGAUUUCUACAACCCGUUGGUGCUCGACGCGCAGAAGCGGGAGCUGGGCGCCUCGCUCUACGUGGGCUGGGCAGCCUCUGCCCUCCUGCUGCUGGGGGGGUCCCUGCUGUGCUGCUCCUGCCCCCCCAAAGACGACAGGUACACCACUGGCAAGGUGGCCUACUCCGCCCCGCGCUCCGCUGUCACCAGCUACGACAAGAGGAACUAUGUCUGAGACCCCUCGGGACCCCUCUAAAUUCCCCACCCCUCUCCCCGGGACCCUCAUCACCCUCCGUGGGGACAGGAAACAGAGGCACGGGGGGGGGGGGGGGGCCCGAAGGCGGGGACGGGGACGGCCGCGGGGUCAGGGCCGGGCUGUGUAAAUAGAGACGGUUUCGGUUAAACAAGAGGCAGUUUCGGGUUGGCCGGAAAAAUGGCGCCCGGUGUGCCCCUGCCCACACCUACGGGACAUGAUAGGGACGGGGAUAGGGAUGG